UUAGGGAUUUGUAGUCUUUUUUGGUGGCCAUUACAACGGCAACCGACGCAGCAGACUCGCCAAAAGAACUACAAACGGCCGACUCUGCGAUACCAACUGACAGCUCGCGACACCGCCCACCCCGGCUCUCGCUGCAGCUUUGUCAGGCAGAAAACUUCCUGAAUGAGACACAAACCACAACAAGAAGAGGGGAGAUUGAAACAACGGAUCAGUCAUUUAUUCUUAUAUAUAUUUGUGUACAUUUCCGUUCUUUUAUCACAGACAUUAGCUAGCUAGGUUAGCUAACCACGGUAUUGAUCACCUGUUCUUAUCCCAACGGCUAAUCUCAUGUUAACGCUACCUGGCUGUAGAUAUUAUUAGCUUUUUAACAUCACCUACAGCCUGUUCAUUGGCACACUGCUUGUCCUCUCUUCAUUAAAAAUACAUCUCAACACAGGUUCUUGUCAGCCUCCUUGAGCGAUUGAAUGAGGUGAAACUGGCAACAGUGGACAACCGCGCACACAAAGGGCCAUCGAUCAGUCAAGGAUGAUCAUGGAAGACAUGAAGAAUGAAGCCGACGCUGCCUCGAUAGUUUCUAUGGCUGUGUACACUGUGAUGUUCCCCGUCUUUAACCAGUUGGAGAAAGUCAACUUAUCAGCAGCACAGACCUUGAGAGCAGCCAUUAUAAAGGCAGAGAAGGAGAGCCCAGGUGUAACACAGGAUAUUGUUCUGAAAAUACUGGAGAAGAAGAACAUAAAAAUCGACUACCAUGAGUCUCUGCUUCGUAUGGCUGCAGACGAUGUGGAAGAGUUCAUGAUUGACAGGCGGGAGCCGGAGUUUCAGGAGCUGAACGAGAGGGCCCGAGCUCUGAAACACAUCCUCAGCACUAUUCCUGAUGAGAUCAAUGACAGAGUAGGCUUCCUACAGACCAUCAAAGACAUCGCCAGUGCCAUAAAGGAGCUGCUAGACACGGUUAAUACGGUCUUCAGGAAAUACCAGUAUCAGAAUAGACGGGUGCUGGAACAGCAGAAGAAAGAGUUUGUGAAAUACUCCAAGAGCUUCAGUGUCACGCUGAAAACCUACUUCAGAGACGGAAAAGUGAUAAACGUGUUUGUCAGCGCCAACCGGCUCACGCACCAGACCAACAUGAUCCUGCAGGCCUUCAAGACGUCGGUGUAGCGGUGCUGGAAGACACACACACAAACACACACACAUCUUUAUUAGAGAACAGGUAACAUGAGGCUUUGUAAUUUGUAAAGAGUUUUAUUGUUUUGGGCCGUAUAAUUUAUAAUUCUGCGGCUUUGGGCGGAGAUCAGGUAGUUUGAGGUUCAAAGGGAAUCAGGUUGACGGUAAUUGUCCGGGAUUUCUAACUCUCUUUUAUGUUGUUCUUUUAUCAAGAUCUUGAGUCGAUAUUUCUUUAUAUAUAUAUUAGCCUCUCUGUUCAGUGCUGUGCAAAACAAAGUUUAGGAAGGAACAAUCAUUUCCAUUGUGCUGUGUCUUAAAAAGCACAAUGAAAACCCUUACACAUUCCCACAUUUCUGCACUUUAACUCUCAAUUUAUUGUUUAUUCUUCUGUUGUAAAACACCAUUCCUGUGUUUAUUGAGGAAUAUAAUGUUGAUAUACCUGUAAAUGGUUGUAUCAUGUACUUUCAGCAUUCAUCAUAUUGAACUUAUAUCUGUCAAGAAACCAAAACCUGGAGAAACAUUCAGGAUGUUUCCAAUGUUUGCUUUUUUUGUCCUGUAAUAUUCACCCAGUGCAUCAUAAACACAACCUCUCAAGGUGAACUCA